AUGGAGGAUAUGAUUGCUACCUCCGGCUUGAGAGGCUACCACCACUACGGCGCAAGAAUCGCUAAUACCCAAUCAGUUUUCGGUAGGUUGCUCCAUCACUCUACAAGGACCAUAGGAGGCAGCCGCUUGUGCUGAUUCAGCUAAUCAGGCAAGUCGAGGCAGUUACCGCGCACCACUCAGAGCUGCUGCGAGACCGGACUGCCGCGUGGUCUCGCCGGCUGCCCUGUUUUCCUACUCCGGACGCAUCCCCCACUCAUUUGUACGCCUCACGUUUUGGCAGUCAUGCCGGAAGCCCAUUCGCCAACGAAAAACGGGGUUAAGGUCGCUUGGUCCGAUAACACGCGCUCUCAGGCACCGUUCAACUUAGUGGCAAGCUCGCUAAACGGCCCCAAGAUACGCAAUGCGUCUCAUCGAGAGCUGUCUGUCUCCCUCGACAGCGUUCGGGCACGCAGAGCACCUGUUGAAUUUCCUGGCUCAGUCCCUUCAACGCCACAUGAUCCGCCCCAUUCUGCUCGUGAUGCAUCUGUCGCAGCCCAGCCGGGAACCUCUUGGUCGAAUCGUAACCGUUAUCCGUCUCUUCUUGCCGAAAUGUUUACUGCAGGCAGCGAUACGCACGAAUCUAGUGCUGCUCCCGCAUCACACGCGCUCGAGAGCUCGCACGAAGACUUUCUGAAUGGAUCGUUGGGAUCGCGCAGGAUGACAUCUCGCCAUGGAGCAUCUCAAGAUCAGCAAAGUAAAACUCUGAGCAUCGGCCAGGCCUCCGACCUGCGACUGACUUCACCCACAAAGGUGGCCAAGAGUCCGAGUAUGCCCAAGGGGAGACAAGCGCAACUGAUGCCGAAGGAUGAGAUAAUGCCCACCUCGCGCCAUUUGCUAGGCGAGACUGACGCCCCCUCGACCGGUACAUCAGAGGUAAGUACCGGCAGGACGACAUUGGCGAUAGCGUGCUCUGCUGAAGAGCAUCGUGCUUCUGGUCUCUUUCAGCUGGCGCGAUUUCUAAUGUCCACAGGCCCUCAAGAUCACGGUCGGCUCGCGCGACAUGGCGCAGGAGCUGACGAUGGAUUACCGCCCCUGGCAACCCCCGCGCGACAUUGGAAGUCGGGUGGUUUGAUGUCAAAGCUUUCAUCACGCUUGAAUGUGGAAGGGAAGUUCAAAUCGAACAAAGCACUGGCAAGCAGUGCGGGAGGAAGUCCCAUCGACGAUGCGUCGAACUCCACGGCAGCUACCACGGAGGCCCAGAAUGCCAUUUCUCGCGAGUUUGACGCCCAGCUCAACUCUGCUAAUCUCAUUAAGAAGGUGAGUAGUCGGGUGCAUUUCACGGGAUCACGAGAGAAAUACUCGACUGACCAAUUUUCGCGGACUUAUUUGACCAAGGUCCUGCCGAAUGGCACAAGCUUCUUUACCACGGAAGGCCAUCGUGCUCCCGCAUCCAAAGCAAACUUGGACUCUCGGGCAACCGGUCGCAGCAUCUUGCGGUCUGAUGCUCCCACACCAAGCGUUCGAAUCGGAUCAAAGCGUGACUCUCACCUUCAGCGUAAACCACCUCCCAGCAUGAUCCCUCGAGUCGUGGUCCACCACGAAGGAGGCUCAUCGGCGUCACUCCAAUCGCUGCUACAUGGCAGAAUCAGCGAAGGGCAGUCGCCUACAGAAGGCCGUUCUGCACCGCUCGAGAGAAGGCGCAGCAUUCAUUCGGUGACGAAACGCAGUUUAUCUCUCGCUGGAGCAAAUGUGCGCCCCGGCGAUCUCCUUGGCCUACAUGUCGACGAAUCGGCCAAAGGCGAUGAGGACGCGCUCGAGCAGCUUACAGAGAAGGUCACAACUCCACGCCAUGCGAUGCUUUCCUCAUUGUCUCCCUCUCGCAGCGAUGAUGUCAACAUUAUCAGACAGAGUGCUCGCCAUCCCCCCAAACAGCUCCGGAAUCAGGCUUCGCACUCAACAAGCAUCCUUGCAGAUAGUUCUACGAGCGACUCAAACAUUGCAACUUCGUCGACUCGCGAUACACUGCAGAAGCACAUGCCUCGAAGACGCAUGAGUCUACCCAAACGUUUGCCGGGACCGGAGAGCGCGCUGCCGUACCUACCACAGCAUGUCUCUGCUGGCGAACAAGGUUUCUUCGAGCGACGCAAGGGGAGACCAGAUCGUCAGAGGUACGAUUCGCACGAGGAUGUGGGCCCACUUCUCUCUCAGGAUGCUGUGCCUCUUGCCCGCCACAAAAUGUCCAACGACACUGCCUUGAAGCCUGGUGCCAGAGAUUUUUCGACGGGAUCUUUGCCAACUGGCUCGCUGGGCAUCGUCCAAGACGCGCGCUGGAGAACGGGCAGUCUUCCGCCAAGUUCUGCGUCGUUCCGCUCUUUACAAGUAGGCAGCUCCUCUUCUGGGGCACCUGGUAUUGCUGAUGCAAAGCACGGAGCAGCUGCAUCCAACCAACGCUACCGUUACCGCAGAUCUAUCAUCUCGUUGCCGACACGAGACCGUGCGCAGAGCUUCGCCGAGCAAAGCAGUUUGCCGUACAUGAAUCCCCUACGAAACUCAGGCUCAAUUCGCGAAGACUCUCGUGUGCGCAUUGCCAAGGACGCCACAGCAGCAGUGCAGGAGUUGACCAGACUCAAGAGCAUGCAGCCCCUGCGGCAGCCCUUGACACAGUCGCAUGCCGUCCUUUCGGGCGCUAGCAGGAAACUUCAGCUUGGUGCUGCUGCUGCAACGCCGCCUCACUCUGACUCGGCGCUGCGCAUCGCCAAUCCAACGCAGAUGCUUACGCCGCAGAAUCAACUCCCUGCCAAAGCGUCGAGCGACAGUCUUCCCACCUCUACACCCAUUUCUACAGUUUCCACACCUGUCACGUCAAACGUCACCGGCAAUGUCUCAGCCCGCGCCGACCCCGCUCACAGAAGUGAGGCUGAUGGCGGCAGUCAGACAAUCGUCGGUGACUUGCAGACCAGCAAGGUGUCAAAUGUUCGAAAGUAUCACUCCGAGUCUCGUCUGAGACCGCGCAGUGGACCGCCAUCGCCCCCGUCCGACAGUGUUGCCGACACACUGCGGCAAUUGGAGGGCUGCAAAGAAGAGAUGCAACCCCUUCAGCCCUCAGUUUCUGGACCAUCUGGCCCUUACGGAUCCGCGGCGCUGCGCGGAGACGGUGCGAAAAAGCAGUCUGCCACUGCGCAUUUAGCUUUCAAGUCUCGGACCUCAAUGAUCGUAGAUGGACUGCCUGUCCUGAAUGUGGACGAUAUGGCCACUUCGCGCUUCUCUUGCACGUCAUCAGAAGAUGUGGUUAGCCUGCACGAAGAGCUGGACAGCAGCGAUCCAGCUGCUGUCGAAUACACGACAGGAAAUAGAACAUCGCCGUACCGCGAGAGUGCGGAGAAGUCUGACAGUCGAAAGUGCGCCGAGAUUCAGGAACAGCCUGCACCCGCUUCGCCUGACUCUUGGGUCACCGAAAACGAGAUCCCUUCCAGACCUGUGGUCGUUUCUAUGGAACGUGCCCCGUUCGCACCUCAAGGUUCGCAUGGCAGCCAUGCGCACCAAGAUCCUGUCGAGGUGCUCAACGACGGUCGGCAAAGUAAGUCGCGGCCCACAUCGCCCGCGGACACCGAUAUGAGCUGCACGGUGCGGCCUGAUCGAAACGACCCGAGCCGCGACUUUUCGCGCGUACUGGGAUCUUUUGGUGGCGCCGCCAGCAAAGCAAGUGACUCAGGCUCGCUGGAAAUGUCGGAUGGGGUGGACGGCAGCCCCACAGGACAAGCGCGUGACCACAAUGCAGGCUCUCGCCUCAGCUACUCAGGAUUGUCUUCCCGCAGCAAUGCGUCUUCUUUGUACACGGCGUUGCAGCAAGCGCGCAACGAUGCUCUCCUUGCCGAGAGCACAGCAAGGGCAUCUUCAGUCCGUUCCCGGCAGCUUGCCAAGCGAUGCGUAACCGUGCUCGAGCGGGUUGCCGAGGUAUGCGCGCUCUCGUCCGACGUCAAGCACGCAGCUGAUCCAAAUCGAACGAGAGCCGCAUGGGGGGUAGAGACUUAUGACCAGGCACAGAGGCUGGUGAAAGACUUGCUUUCGUUCAUCGAGGAGAUUCCGACCAAUCAUCGCGAGGUGGCAGCUCGGCGCGGAAUCGAUGGCACCGCUCUUGUGAUGCACGCUCAACGCGUCAGCACCAGUCAAGCGACGCUGAUUCGCUCCAAAGGUCCCAUGCGAGGCACUGGCGAUUCUGCUCAGCAACGCCAGAGAUCAACAUCAGCCUCCUCCUCGGGAACGUCGAUAAAGACUGCAAAUGAAGUUCUUCCACCGUGUCCCACAUUACCUCACAGCUCCCCAGAGUCUCCGAGUACACCACUCAAAUCUUCAGUCUCUGCCACUUCCUCGCCGAUGUCCUCAACAUUCGCGAUGCGCCCCUUAUCCCUGUCCAGAACAUCUCGCAGCGAUCUUUUCUCGCCUAUUCGCAAGGCUAAAGAAAGUUCAGGAAGUGCCAGCACGCGCAGCACCAGCAGCACUUCUUCUCGCGCCGGCCAAAUACCUUCGGGCCUGCCCGGUACGCUCAACGCUUCUCGUUACGUCAUGGCACCCGAAGAAGCCGCCUCUUGGCUGCACAAUCUCUCACCAAUGCCAAGCCCCGACUGA